AUGUGGACCUGCGAUUUUGCUGGUUGCGGAAAACCGGCCGUCCGCAAUCUCGGUAAUUGUAUACUGUGCAACCGCCAUCUAUGCUCCCAACACCUUCAGUAUGGCGUUCAUGAAUGUCCCAAAUGGGAGGUUACUAGUCCCUUGCGUGGGGGAAUACCCUGUUCAGGUCCUCCGCUUCAGUACGACAGAGUAACGCGAAGCUCGGUGAUGGGUGGUAUGAAUUAUCAUAUUGAAGUCUGUUUUGACGACGGAAUCAGAUGGAUCGCCCGUGUGCGUAGAUUCAACGCCACAUCGUCUCCGGCGGUGCUGCAAAAUUAUAUCGUCCAGAGCGAAGUCGCAACCUUCAAGUUCCUCGAGCGGACUGGUGUACCUGCUCCGAAACUGUUUUAUUUUGCACUGGAUAAUGAGGAUAAUUCUGUUGUAGUUGGUUAUAUUCUAAUGGAAAAGCUGCAUGGGAAGUCAUUGAGAUGGUCUCUUGCAACACAAGAACAGAGAAGAAUGAUGGAACAGCUCGCGGACGUAUUCGUCGAACUUAGCAAAUACCCCUUCGAUCGUCUUGGCUCCCUUCAUUGCCUGAACGACAUUCAUGUCAGUGCAUUUGCUCGGGAAUCACUGACCGACUUUGUGCAAUCCGAAAUGCGCACAAUGGGUCCAUUCUCGUCUCUGGAAGAGUAUCACAAGUCUGAAAUUCGACUCAUAUUGGAUCUGAUUCUUCGCGAAGAGAUCUACUCGCAGCAAGCAGUGGAUGCCUACCUAAUACACCGAUUUCUCCUCGACUUGGUCCCUAUUGCGUUAUCGAAGUUGGUACAGGAUGAUCAAAGAUACUAUUUGAAACACGCAGACGAUAAGGGAGAUCAUAUCAUGGUGGAUGAAGACUUUCAUAUCACUGGUAUCAUUGAUUGGGAGUGGGCUCAUACCGCCCCGCCAACCCAUGCUUUUAACUCCCCCAUUGGCCUCUUGCCGGUUGCUGAAUUCUAUCGAGGUACGAAUAAUCUGGGCAGCAAUGAAAUUACCUUUGCACGCAUCUUAGGGGAAAAGAGUCGUCCGGAUCUGGAAGGGUUGUCCGGAACGGAUGGAUUUCUCGGCCUCUUUCAAGGGCUUCGAGAUGCUGCAAAAGUAGAUGACGGCGUAGAUUGGGAUGGUUGGAAAUCAGCCGCAUUGUACCGCUACAGGGAGGAUACUGGCUUGCAGCUGUUAUUAUGCAGGCAUGGGAAUUUAGUUUCCGAGGGUUGAAGAGAACCGUUGCCAUAAGAAUUACCACUAAUCUCUGAUGGAUAUAUACGGCAGGUUUCGGGCUAUAUAUCACACGCCAACAGCUCUAGAG